AUGCAUCACUUCAACAAAUCUUCAUCCAUCAAUCUUGUUGCAUCCCUAACUCUAACCAUAGUCCUAACCUCUCACCGCCCUCUCCUCCUCCUCCUCCUCCUCCUCCUUUUUUGCUCAAUAGUCGCCUCAGCCGCGUACCUAUCAUCCCGCCCCUUCCCGGUCUUUUUCCUCAACUACUCAUGCCACCAACCCGAUCCCGAAUACCGCUGCACCUACGAGCUUUGCGAAUAUAUAGGCAUGAGCUCCCGCCAAUACUCCGACGAGAGCGCCAAAUUCAUGCGUGCCAUAUAUCGCAAGUCUGGCCUUGGCGAUGAGACAUACGCCCCUCCUUAUGUCUUCCAGCGUGAUUUCAAUGCAAAGUUUAAGUACGCCAUCAUCGAGGCUGACGACGGCAUGUUCUCCGUCGUCUCAUCCCUCUUGUUCAAGUUGUCGGUACCAACGGAGAAGAUAUCGGUUGUGAUUGUAGCUUGCAGCAUGUUCUCACCCGCCCCUUCAUUGGCUUCGCGACUGGUUAAUCGCUUCGGCUUCCGAUCGGAUGUAAAAACUUUUAAUCUCUCCGGUAUGGGAUGCAGUGCUGGUGCUGUCGGGAUGGAUUUAGCUGUCCGGAUUCUCAAACGUAGUCAAGGCUAUGCGCUGCUUGUCGUCACCGAGGCUACGGGUCUCAGCUGGUACUACGGGGAUAACCGUCAAAUGCUAGUCACCAACUGCAUCUUCCGCGUCGGGGCCGCCGCCACCCUCCUCACUAGCGACCCCGCUGCUAGACACGCCGCAAAAUUCGAACUCCUCCACAACCUCCGAACCCACCAUGGCGCCGAAGAUGCCGCCUACUACGCCGCCUUCCAAGCAGAAGACCCAAACGGUUCCAUCGGCGUCUCCCUCACUAAGGACCUAAUACGCGUCGCCGGCGUUGCCCUCCGCGACCACAUAUCCAUCCUCGCUCCGCGUGUCCUCCCCAUCACAGAGCUCCUCCGGUAUGCGUGGCGGGUUGCGAUCUCCGUUGCCAAAGGGGAGUCAGCCAAGUCGGAUGUGCCAGACUUCACUACGGCGUUCGAGCACAUGUGCAUUCACACUGGGGGGAAGGCAGUCAUCGAUGCUGUUGGCCGGAACAUGGGCCUCGAUGAUCGGAUCAUUGAAGCGGCCCGGAUGUGUUUGCACCGGUUCGGGAACACGUCGAGUUGUUUGGUGUUUUACGAGUUGGGGUACUUUGAGGCGAAGGGCCGGGUUAGGAGAGGUGACCGGGUUUGGAUGCUGGCUUUCGGGACGGGUUUCAAGGCAUGCAGCGUUGUGUGGCGCGCGUUACGAGAUGGAAACAUGGAGCCGGAUUGCCCAUGGAGGGAUUGUAUUCAUAGGUACCCCGUGAAGCUGGACUUUGCUAUAAAGUAG